AUGGGAUCUCUGAACAAGCACGUCAGCUUAAUGCUUCAUGUUGUAGGGAUAUAUGCAUUCUUCCUUGUGUUUGGAAUCUAUGGAGAAAAGCUAACAACUACAACAUACCAUGGCCGGAGGUACGAAUCGGUCCUGUUUCCAUUGGUACUGCAGAGUCUAGGAGGGAUUGUGAUAGGAAGAGUGAUGAUGAGUUGCAAAGGAGUUGAAGGAGGACUUGGGAGAGCUAUACUAUUCCAUUAUGCUUAUCUAGCGUCUCUAAGUCUAAUAUCUGCCCAACUAGGGUUUCUCUCACUUAGGUACAUUAGCUAUCCGACAUUGAUAAUAGCAAAGUCCUGCAAGCUUCUCCCCAUUGCCCUGAUGAACUUUCUCAUAUACAGAAGAACACUAACCCGUAGGAAGUAUUUUUCCUUGUGUCUGAUAUCCAUAUCUGUUCUUUCUUUUUCGUACUUCGAUGGAAAGAAUUCCUCGGGAUCUAGACUCAGCCUCAUUGGAAUUUUAGUUCUCACUACAAGUCUUCUUGCCGAUGGAAUCAUCAAUUCGACCCAGGACCACAUCUUUAGGAAGUUCCAGGCCUCAUCCUUUCAUAUGAUGUACUACACCAAUCUAUUCAGAUUCCUAAUCUCUUUCACGGUAAUCCUCCUUACAGAUAACCUUAGAUAUUCCAUUGCAUUCAUAAAGGCAACACCAGAGGUUGCACCAGAUCUUCUUCUGUACUCCACAUUCAACAUCUUUGGCCAGAUUGUAAUCUACUCAAUGAUACAAUCCCAUGGUUCUCUAACCCUUACUAAAGUCAACCUUACAAGAAAGAUGUUUUCGAUCCUUUUGUCAUUAAUUGUGUUUGGCCACAAGAUCAAAAAGAUACAAGCCCUCUCAAUACUUGGGGUGCUAGGAUCUAUAGCGCUGGAAGCAUUUGACACAAAAACACAAAAGCAAACAGGGGAGAAAAAGCAUCUUUAA